AUGUAUAGCAACCCUCCACCAACCUUCUUCUUUCCCCUCCUCGCCAAAGUAUCAUCGUCAUCAUUCACUUUCUUUGAUCCUCGCAUUGUCGGGAUCUUCAUCGACAUGCGCACCCGGCCGUCCGCUAUGGUCCGCAAAUUCAUGCAGGCCAACGCCUCAACAGACCCACCAAGGCCGACAUUGUUGCCUGCAGGGGACGAUUCUGCCGAGAAUUCCUGGCCUCAAGACCCUAUCCGAGACGAAUAUUGUUUCUUCUACGGGACAUUGAUGGACCCAGAUACACUAUGCAAAGUCCUGGGAUUGUCAAGGCCACCACUUCUGAUGCGCCCUGCUAGGAUCAUUGGUUACCAAAUCAAACUUUGGGGCCCCUACCCUGCUCUCCUCGACGACAAGCCACUUAAUCCAGUUGAUGGAAUGGUAUGCGGACUCUUAUCGCCGGCGCGACUCGAUCGACUGCGUUCCUACGAAUCGAAUAAAUAUCAACUUCAAGGUUGCUUGAUUAACAUUCUGAAUGAUGACGGUAGUACCGAGAAAACAAUCGAGGGAGUUUCUUUCAUGUGGAACGGUCGACCGGAUGAGCUUCGGGGGGGUUCUUUUGACCCGAAGCAAUGGGGGAAGGACAUACAGCUACGUGAAACGGACUCAGAAUUACAGAAACCUUGGAAUGUCUAG